CAAAGCAACAAAUUCAGCUGAGAAUAACAUAACAUUAAAAUACAAUGUGGUCGAAUUGACAUAUGUAUGUGUGUAAAGCUCCUAUGUUGUGUGUAUUCGUUUUGUAAUUUUAUAGCAGAGAAAAAGAACCAGUAUAAAUGUAAAUUUGUUUUAUAACAAUAAAGUGCAGUACAUGGUAUAACUUUAAAAGUUCGAAUUGAAGGAUUUCGCAUUUUGUAAUAGUAAAUAUUUAUAUGUUAUAUUGGAAUAGAGGAGAAUGGUGAAUUUUACCAGCAGUAAAUUUUGAGCUUUUAAGAUUAUUAGCUAUGAGUAUCAAGGCAUUUCAAUGUUGCAAGUGUGUACACAUACAUAUGUGAAACGUGAAUAGAUAAAAAUAUUGGAUAGAUAUAUUAACGCAUUGAAUUAAUUAGCAAAAAGAUAAACUGUUUUGAAGCAGUUUACCAUAAAUAUAGUGUAAGAUUCAAGAACACAACUUAUAUCAUUUACAAGUAAAAAUUCUGUGCAAAACAUUCCACCACAUUCAAUGGCAUCGGUCGCCGCUUGGCUCCCAUUUGCGCGGGCGGCGGCCAUUGGAUGGGUUCCAAUUGCAACUCAUCCCUUACCUCCGCCCCCUGUACCGAAGGACCGAAGGAAGACAGAUGAUGAAAAGUUGCUAAUUAACGUCUCUGGUCGAAGAUUUGAAACUUGGCGGAACACUAUAGAAAAGUAUCCAGAAACCUUAUUAGGUUCUAAUGAACGAGAGUUUUUUUAUGAUGAAGAUUGCAAGGAGUACUUUUUCGAUCGUGAUCCUGACAUAUUCCGACAUAUAUUAAAUUAUUAUCGCACAGGGAAAUUACAUUAUCCCAAGCAUGAGUGUUUAACAAGUUAUGAUGAAGAAUUGGCUUUUUUUGGUAUUAUGCCUGAUGUGAUUGGUGACUGCUGCUAUGAAGACUACCGAGAUCGAAAACGUGAAAACGCAGAGCGAUUAAUGGAUGAUAAGUUAUCGGAAAAUGGUGAUCAGAAUUUACAGCAAUUAACCAAUAUUCGCCAAAAAAUGUGGCGUGCUUUUGAGAAUCCUCAUACAUCUACAGCUGCUCUUGUAUUUUACUACGUUACUGGAUUUUUUAUAGCUGUGUCAGUUAUGGCAAACGUUGUAGAAACCGUUCCUUGUGGUCAUCGCCCAGGUCGUGCAGGUACACUUCCAUGCGGAGAAAGGUACAAGAUAGUAUUUUUCUGUUUAGAUACAGCCUGUGUUAUGAUUUUCACAGCUGAGUAUCUACUACGAUUGUUUGCAGCACCUGAUAGAUGCAAGUUUGUUCGUAGUGUAAUGAGUAUUAUUGAUGUUGUUGCUAUUUUGCCAUACUAUAUUGGACUUGGUAUAACAGAUAAUGACGAUGUUAGUGGAGCUUUUGUAACUUUACGAGUGUUUCGAGUCUUUCGUAUUUUUAAAUUUUCACGGCAUUCACAAGGAUUACGAAUCCUUGGCUAUACACUGAAAUCAUGUGCUUCCGAAUUAGGGUUUUUAGUGUUUUCAUUGGCAAUGGCAAUUAUAAUAUUUGCUACAGUUAUGUUUUAUGCCGAAAAAAAUGUUAACGGAACAAACUUUACUUCAAUUCCAGCGGCGUUUUGGUAUACAAUUGUAACUAUGACCACAUUGGGUUAUGGCGAUAUGGUACCUGAAACUAUAGCUGGAAAGAUUGUUGGUGGAGUUUGUUCACUUAGUGGAGUAUUAGUUAUUGCUCUUCCAGUGCCUGUUAUUGUAUCGAAUUUUAGCAGAAUUUAUCAUCAAAAUCAAAGAGCUGACAAAAGAAAAGCACAAAGAAAAGCACGACUAGCCCGAAUACGAAUCGCUAAAGCAUCUUCUGGUGCUGCUUUUGUCAAUAAGAAGAAAGCUGCUGAGGCUCGGUGGGCAGCGCAAGAGUCAGGCAUUGAACUCGACGAUAAUUAUAGAGAUGAAGAUAUAUUUGAGCUGCAACAUCAUCAUUUGUUAAGAUGCUUAGAAAAAACCACGGAUCGUGAGUUUGUUGAGUUAGAAAUACCUUACAAUGGCCAAUCUAAGAGACCAGGUUCACCAUCACCAAUUGCUAGCCCUGCACACUCGACCAAUAGCGCAGUUGGAUUAAUGCAGUUCUGUUGCGGUCGGUGCUGUGCACAACGUUAUCAAGCGUGUGGAAAAUAUAUGCCAGCAACCAGUGACGUACAAAAUAAUCAAAACAAUCAACCAAUGGAUGGUACAUAUUUGGUGGAAGCUUCCUUUUAACAAUAAACUUUAUUGUAAUUUUCAAUUAUAUAGCUAUUCUUUAAUUUGAAUAAGUAACUAAUCUUACUUCUUUGAAAACCAAACAUUUCUGAAGUUAAAUAUAAAGAAAAUUUCUGGUCCUGUGUAGGUUAGUAAAUCCAGUACGACAUUUCCAAUAAUGUUGAGAAACAGAAAUUUAUCAACCAACAUCAUAUUAGUGUACAGACCGCUUGCUGUGUUGUGAAUUCAUUCUCUUAAAGAUGUAAAUCACAAAAAAAAAUUUAAGAAAUAAUAUAAAUUUUAAUAAUACCAUGUUUG